AUGGAUGUCGAUAAGUGCGUUGUGCUCCACAACAAGAUCCUUGAACACGGGUGGGUGCACUCGGGCAAAUCGAGAGAAGACCUAGAGCGGAACCGCAAGACAUGGUUUGACUACCAUGGCGACGAGGCUGAGGCAAUUCGUGAUAUUCUUUCGCCGGAUAUCAUCGCCUUCUUGGAACGAGCGUAUGAAGUGGACUGUGAGGAUGGCCACGCAUUCUUUUACUACGUCGCCGGCCUUUUCUCUCCCUCGCUGAUCCAUGAACUAUCCGAAACCUUUAAUCACGACUCCUCUGAGGACAGCAUAUUGCAAAAUAUCGUACUUUACAAUAUGAAUUCGUCGUUUGGAUCACAUCCGGUGGGCUUGGUGUUUGAUCAGGAACAACACACCGCAAUCAUGUGUGUGGACCUCGAUGAUGGCGACACUAUUCAGAAUGGUCGCACGGAAUGGUUUCCGCUGGAAGUUGUGCUCGAAGCAUGGCUGGAUAUGAUUGAGCAGGGCAAGGUUGUUGCUACUUCUGACACUGGCGAAGUGGAAGCACCAUGGACGCUCGCACCCUACAGUCCAAAGAUUCUUCAAGACACGGUGGCCGUUUUUGACUCCCUGGUCCAGGAGAUUGAAUCACGUAUGCCAGAAGGAAGUGGUAUGCAAGACGAUUCGACCCCGUUGAUCGAUGCAACGAUACUGGAUGUAAUGAAUCCACAACGUGGUUUUGCGCAUCAUUUCAUCGAGAAGGUGAGGCGCCCACGGUUCCGAUUCAUCGCUCCUGGUUUAGAAAUUUCGGAUUCUUCAAAUAUCACUCCACAGCCCUUUGCGACCAUACACCCCGAUGCUGAACACGUGGAACUAAUUCCUGUCCUGCUAUUCCGUGCAGUGAGCGGCACUUCGCCCCGCAUGGCACCUGCAUCUGGAGACGAAUGUCCCUUCGGCUACCCGUUCAGUGAGGUCGAACAAUACCACGCAGGAUUAUACUUAUCAUGCACGAAUUUAUCGCACAAUAGUUUUGAGGACGAAGCCACGCUAGUUCUGCCGUUCCGCAUUGGUGCGCAAGGGUACGCCCGAAAGAGUGACGGAGCACGUUUUGGUGAAAACACUCAGGACGCUGAAGAUGUGGAGCCAGAUGACACGUUUGCAGACGUGUACCAGCCGGGUCAUCAGCCUUUUACCGAGAUGCAUGCUGUACGACUAAUCAGUAUUCUCCAAAACUGGCUUGAGAUGGUCCAGAGCGGUGACUGGGAGGUGGAUGCGGACGGGGUUGUGGGUGGCAUCGAUGAAUGGAGAAGAGCAGACGAGGAGGACAGCUGGGAUAAAUUCGUCAUUCCAAUUACAUGGUGA